ACCUAAUUAAUAUUCAUAAAGUAAGUCUCAAGUCGGUUUGUGAGCAGGUGAACGCCGGAUUCUUCCCACCAAGUAACAAAAAUGCCUUGACAAGGCAUCAAAUAAGGGGGGAAAUAUUUGUUUGUAGGGGCAGAAAAGCCAGUAGACAAAACACCGUCCAGUAAACAAACAUUCAUCGGAAAUGGAAGAAAAUCAACUUCAUCAUCGAAACCCGUCUGUUCCAAAGUGACCGACUCACCUGAAACUCCCGAGGCUACAGAAAUAUCAGCACCCCAGCAAAGAUGGCUGACGACCGUGUAGCUAUCUUAACUGACGACGAAGAGGAGCUAAAGAGGAGACACCUUGAGCGUUUCGACCGCCUGUCGCUUGAGAUUCAAUCAGAUCGGCCUUCGCAACCGUCUGAGGACAGUGUAUCCAACGACACAGUACCGACUCCAUCCCCUCAACACGACAUAAGCUGCUGUGAACGAUUGCUCCUGCGGGUCAACCCCCGCCUUCUUGUAUCAAAAGUGUUUUAUUUGUUCUUCUAUGCUGCAUAUGGUUCCCUCCAUCCCCUUCUUGCACUGUACUAUAAGCAGCUGGGGAUGAGUCCCACCCAAAGUGGUCUCUUAGUGGGAAUACGUUAUUUCAUUGAGUUCUGUAGCGCCCCUUUUUGGGGCAUUGUCGCAGAUCGUUUCAGGAAAGGUAAAGCAGUCUUGUUGUUCUCAAUGUUAUGCUGGCUGCUUUUUAAUUCUGGGAUUGGCAUUGUGCAACCGCCGGACAUGAAGUGCAAAGAGGAGAACCUCCCGACAACCACAGCUAUGGUACCGACUGCCCACACUACCGGAUCUAACGAGACAUUCUACCUCAGCAGCAGUUCCGUCCCGUCAACAAACCAGAUGAGACGCCGCAGGGAUCUGAUUGGACAUUAUUCUUGGCGAACCAUCCUCUCCUCUGAAGAACAUCGGUUCAAACGGGAUUCCAACUCAAGUUUUACUGUGGCACCUGAAGAAUUACCUAACGUGACACAAUCUGACCAAACCACCACCACCACCACCAUGAGGCCCAACUCAAGCACCUCCAUCUCAACAUCAACCCUCAACACCACAUCUGACACCACUACUCAAAGUACUACAACCAAACCAAACCAACCUCCAGAAUAUAACAUGGACCAGGUUCGCGCCAUAUUCCUGCUGAUUCUGCUCGUCAUCAUCAUUGGCGAGUUUUUUAGUGCUCCAGCCAUUACUAUUGUGGAUACGGUGACACUGCAGUACCUGGGUCCACAUCGUGACCGCUAUGGUCUUCAGCGAAUGUGGGGAUCUCUAGGAUGGGGUAUCGCCAUGCUCUGCGUCGGCAUUUGGAUCGACCACACUAGCACCAACCUUGUCAUUGGCAACAUGGAAUGCUACAUGGAAAAUUACAAGAGCUACCGUAUUGCCUUUGUUGUGUUCGGCGUAUUAAUGGGAAUCGCUCUGAUCGUUGCCACUCAGUUUAAGUUUGACGUUCAGCACCAAAGCAGGAGUGAAGGAAAUGAGGCUGGCAACCAGCAGCAAAACGCUCAACCUAGCGGUUCCCCUGGAACGGAGAACUCUGAGACCCCAACAAUCGUCCACGUUGAGGAGUUCCACUUCUGGGACUUGAUGCGACUGCUGUGCGGUGUACAGUACAGCACUGUGUUAUUCGUGGCCUGGUUUAUGGGCUUUGGCUAUGGGUUUGUUUUUACAUUCCUUUACUGGCAUUUACAGGACUUGACAGGAUCCACAACGCUGUUUGGUAUUUGUUCUGUCCUGAGUCAUGUGUCGGAGCUUGCUGCCUAUUUUACCAGCCAUAAAUUCAUCGAACUGGUGGGACACAUCAGGGUUUUGUACAUCGGCCUGGCCUGCAACACAGCGCGCUACCUCUAUAUCUCGUAUCUGAAGAAUGCCUGGACUGUGUUGCCCAUGGAAGUGCUGCAAGGCAUAACGCAUGCAUCUGUAUGGGCGGCGUGUAUCUCGUACUUGAGCGCGGCCGUACCUUCACCUCUCCGGACGUCCGCUCAAGGCAUCCUGCAGGGUCUCCACCUCGGCCUGGGCAGGGGCUGUGGGGCGAUGGUUGGCGGAGUAUUUGUCAACUACUUUGGUGCUGCUGAAACGUUCAGGGGAAUAGGAAUGACAUCGCUAGUUAUUUUGCUCAUCUUUUCAUUUAUUAUGUGCAUCACUGGCCAGAAUGAGAAAAAAGAGGACAAGAUGCUAGCAGAGAACAUUCCUAUCCCGUCCAGUCCUGUUCCCAUAGCGACCAUUGACCUGGUUCAGAACACAACAGACGUGGCGGCACCCGCUCGACCCGAACCCAAACUUCCGGCUCGGAAAACGCGGCACCAGGAAGAGCAGGAAGAUCUGAACAAGCCCGCUUGGGUUCCGUCCGGUUCGCCGUGGGUUACAGUCGCUCUCUUGUUCUACCAAAUCAGAGAGAUGGUCGUCAUAGCAAAGACCCCUGUCGAGGUCCUGUCCCUUCAGGACACAGAUGAGGUCCCGUCGGACUCCCGAGAAGACCAAUCACCUCCCGUCUUCAGCGAUGCUACUCAGCAGGAAAGCACUCCCAGCGGGCUCCAGUCCCGGGAGGACCCCGGGCCCCCAGGGGCCGCGCCACAGCUGGAAUUCCCAACAUGGGACACACAGCCUGCAUUACAACCAAACAGCUGAUGGCACAAAGUGACAAAGUG